AUUAGCAGAGAUGCAGGGUUGAGGAGUGAGGCCCUUGCUCUAAAUCACAUGGGAGUGUCUGUGGAUUGUUUAGAUUAAAUUCUUCUGGAUAUUUAGGGUUAUCAUUCCCAGAGUUAAAUAGUGAUUUCUGUUUAGUGUACCAAGACAGGCUGGAGGUGACUUAUCGUGUUCAGGAGGCCUCUGAUCUGAGUGGACUGAUCUUCACCUGGGAUAGGAUUCAGCUCCAGUAUGGGUUCAUUUCCACUGUACUCUCAGACUCUCACUGCCUCCCACUCUCUGCUCCUUUCUCUCCUCUUCAGCGUCCACACUUGCAGGUUUUAUACCUUGGUUUUAUUUCCCUCCUGCUGCUCUCUAAACACGCUCUCUUCAAACAAACCCUAACCUAGUUGUCCAAAGGCAGGGGGAGGAGGGUUGAUCUGGGUGGUGGCCACGGCUCGGCUGCAUCCUAUUAGGACUGGGAGUGUUGAAAAGAGGUGUGGUCUGUUGCCAGUAACAUCUGUGUCUGUCCCCUCUGCCCCCACGGCAUUCUGCAGAGAAAGGCAGAGAGAAGGAGCUUCAGCAGGGAGUGGAUACGCGCAGCAGACCUUGCUCAUCAGCUGAUUUGCUAGAUCUUAAAGAGAAGCUGAUGCCGCGUGGAGAGUCUACCUCUCCUUUGCCUCCAGCAACCACGCAGCUGCAGCCUCCCUGGGUGCAGGAUUUUCCUCUGUGACGACACUGACAGCCCGUGGGAUCCAAAGUGCUUAUUAGACGCUCCAGCCCCCUGAACAUGCCUCUUUGAACCUGCUUGGAUGACAUACCUAUCACAGGGAAUGCUGCGCUUCUCUGUGGACUGUGCAGAAAGCCGGCAGUGAGUAGGAGCGUAUUAAGGGAUGCUCAGAGCCAAACAGAGACCAGACCAGUCCUGGACAGGUGCUCUCUGACGGAGGCCAAACUCUGAGGUAGAGGAGGCUGUAAAGAGGCCCUGAAGGAGCCUCCCAUCCUCCCUACCUAACCAGGAGCAAGCAUCGGACAGCCAUGGCUCCACGGAAGCGUGGUGGAGGUGGAGGUGGUGGCCUGUCGUUCCUCUUGUGCUGUUUUAACAAUAGUGAUCACCCGGAGAUCACGUACAGGCUUCGGGAGGACUUUGCUCUGCAGACCAUGGAGCCGUCACUGCCAAUGCCAGGAUAUGAGGAACUUGACUCAAUGUUCUCCGAGCUGGUGGAUGAGCUUGAUCUGACGGAGAAACACAGGGAGGCCAUGUUCGCCCUACCUGCAGAGAAGAAGUGGCAAAUCUACUGCAGCAAGAAGAAGGAACAAGAGGAGAACAAAAGUGCAACAAGUUGGCCUGAAUUCUACAUUGAUCAGCUCAAUUCAAUGGCAGCUAGAAAGACGCUUCUGGCUUUAGAGAAGGAAGACGAGGAGGAGAGGAACAAAACCAUCGAGAACUUAAAAACGGCUCUGAGGACGCAGCCAAUGAGGUUUGUGACUCGUUUCAUCGACCUGGACGGGCUGACAUGUAUCCUGAACUUCCUGAAGAGCAUGGACUACGAGACCACGGAGUCACAGAUCCACACGUCUCUGAUCGGCUGCAUCAAGGCGUUGAUGAACAACUCCCAGGGUCGAGCUCACGUCCUCUCUCACACCGAGAGCAUCAACAUCAUCGCCCAAAGUCUGGCCACGGAGAAUAUCAAGACCAAGGUGGCGGUGCUGGAGAUCAUGGGAGCCGUGUGUCUGGUUCCCGGUGGGCACAAGAAAAUCCUGGAGGCCAUGCUGCACUACCAACGCUUCGCCUGCGAGAGGACGCGCUUUCAGACACUCAUAAAUGACCUGGACAGGAGUACAGGGAGGUACAGAGACGAGGUCAACCUGAAAACAGCCAUCAUGUCCUUUAUUAAUGCUGUGCUGAGUCAAGGAGCUGGAGAGACCAGUUUGGAAUUCCGUAUCCACCUCCGAUAUGAGUUUCUAAUGCUGGGCAUUCAGCCUGUGAUCGAUAAGCUACGUUCUCAUGAGAACUCAACAUUGGACCGGCAUUUAGAUUAUUUUGAGAUGCUGCGCAAUGAAGACGAGCUGGCUUUGUCAAAACGAUUCGAGUCGGUACAUAUAGAUACCAAAAGUGCCACCCAGGUUUUUGAUCUCAUCCGUAAGAAGAUGAACCACACAGAUGCAUACCCGCACUUUAUGUCUGUCCUGCACCACUGUCUCCUGAUGCCACACAAGAGAAGUGGGAACACUGUGCAGUACUGGCUGCUGCUGGACCGCAUCGUCCAGCAGAUGGUCUUACAGAACGACAAGGGUCAGGAUCCGGAUGCCGCGCCACUGGAGAAUUUUAACGUGAAGAACGUCGUCCGGAUGCUGGUCAAUGAGAAUGAGGUCAAGCAGUGGAAAGAGCAGGCGGAGAAGAUGAGAAAAGAACACAAUGAGUUACAACAGAAGUUUGACAAGAAGGAGCGUGAAUGCGACGCAAAGACGCAGGAGAAGGAGGACAUGAUGCAGACGCUCAACAAAAUGAAGGAGAAGCUGGAGAAGGAGGCCACGGAGCACAAGAACGUCAAACAGCAAGUGGCGGAGCUCACCGCCCGACUGCACGAACUCAGAAGUAGACAGACUGCUCCUGUACCUGGCGGCCCUCCGCUGCCUCCUGGCCCCCCCGGCGGUCCCGUUCCUCCCCCUCCAUCCAUGCUACCUUUCGGAGGAGGGUGCCCACCUCCCCCACCACCUCCUGGUGGCAUGCCUCCUCCCCCACCCCCACCUGCUCCUCCAGGAGGCCCUCCUCCUCCUGGGCGUGCAGCUAUGGGAGGCAUCCCCCCGCCGCCGGGAGCGCCGCUGGGACCUUCCCUGAAGAAGAAGAACAUUCCUCAGCCGUCUCAUCCACUCAAGUCCUUCAACUGGUCCAAGUUAGCUGAAAAUAAACUGGAAGGCACCGUGUGGGUGGACAUGGACGACGGCAAGGUUUUCAAAAUCCUGGACCUGGAGGAUCUGGAGAAGACCUUCUCAGCCUAUCAGAGACAGCAGGACUUCUUAACGAUCAAUAACAGCAAACAGAAAGAGGCAGAGGACGACAUAAUGACCUCUAAAAAGGUCAAGGAGCUGUCGGUCAUUGACGGCCGGCGAGCUCAGAACUGUAACAUCCUCCUCUCCAGGCUGAAACUCUCUAAUGAAGAAAUCAAGAGAGCCAUACUGACCAUGGAUGAACAGGAGGACCUCCCCAAAGACAUGCUGGAGCAGUUGCUGAAGUUUGUCCCGGAGAAGAGCGAUGUCGAUCUUCUGGAGGAGCACAAACACGAGCUGGACCGAAUGGCCAAACCCGACCGGUUCCUCUACGAGAUGAGCAGGAUAAACCACUACCAGCAGCGACUGCAGGCUCUGUACUUCAAGAAGAAGUUUGCAGAGCGGAUAGCUGAGAUCAAGCCCAAAGUUGAAGCUCUGACCAGGGCGUGUAAGGAGAUUCUUCACAGCAAAAACCUGCGGCAGCUGCUGGAGGUAGUGCUGGCUUUUGGGAACUACAUGAACAAGGGUCAGAGAGGAAACGCCUAUGGAUUUAAGAUGUCUUCACUCAACAAGAUCGCAGACACCAAGUCCAGCAUGGACAAAAACAUCACUCUGCUGCACUACCUGAUCACCAUCCUGGAGAAGAAAUACCCCAAGGUCCUCCAGUUCCAGGAAGAGCUGCAGAGUGUCCCAGAGGCAGCCAAGGUCAACAUGACAGAGCUGGAGAAGGACAUUGGAAACCUGCGCAGCGGCUUGAAGAGUGUUGAGAACGAGCUGGAAUACCAGAAGAAGCGACCACAGGAGCUGGGUGACAAAUUUGUCUCUGUGGUCAGUCAGUUCAUCACUGUGGCCAGCUUCAGCUUCUCUGAUGUGGAGGACUCUCUGACUGAGGCCAAAGAGCUGUUCGUAAAGGCAGUGACACACUUUGGAGAAGAUGCCAGCAGGAUGCAGCCGGACGAAUUCUUCGGCAUCUUUGACCAGUUCCUGCAGUCGUUCGGGGAGGCUCAGCAGGAGAACGAGAACAUGCGGAAACGCAAAGAGGAGGAGGAGCGAAGAGCUAAGCUGGAGGCUCAGCUCAAAGAACAGAGAGAGCGGGAGAGAAAGGCUCGUAAAGCAAAGGCCAACGGCGAGGACGACGGCGGAGAGUUUGACGACUUGGUGUCGGCCCUGCGAUCAGGCGAAGUCUUCGACAAGGACUUGUCCAAGAUGAAACGCAACCGCAAACGCAUCAAUAACCAGAACACAGAGUCCAGCAGAGAGCGACCGGUCACCAAGCUCAACUUCUAAACCUGAGGCUGAGAUCAUGGUCUUCUGUGUUCCAGUAAAACACUCAUCAACACUAGUUUCUCUGCCAGUCAAGCUGACCUCCACAUUCCUCUUCCUCCUCCUCAUCUCCUGCAGCAGCUCUGCCUGAAUGAACCCUGGCCUUGCAUCAUGGCAGCCCUACCACACACAGCACAACACAUUUGAGCCUUUCAUCCUCUCAAACAGAGCAGAAGCCAAAAAACUGCAAACUAAGACCAAACCCUGGAGCCCCUCCUGCUGACGGACCAGUUUUUUUGGAAAAUUAAAUGUUUGUAAGACGUUCUAACAGAGGACCCUGAUGGCCUGUGCUUUUUUUUCCCCCUCUUUGUACGUCAGAAUCUCGUGCACAAAGCUUUACGUGCAGCUUUUUAGACGCCUUCGGGGCUGUAUGCUCGACCCAAACAGGAAGUUGAUUCCGUUCAUAACAAAAGGGGCCAUUUUGUACAGACCGUUUUCCUAGAUCGUGAGUGGCCGCCGUGUCCCAGUGACACGUGGUCACUUUUUUGUAGAAAGACUGAACCUGUGGCUGACUCCCGGCGCUGCCGCUGGACUGAGACGCUGCGUCUUCACCCAGAUGUGGUUUUAACAGCAAGUGAAGCAGAAGCAGAGGUUGUUUUUUCAUUAUCUUUGACAUGCAGCAUUUAUAUAUAUCUGUAUGUUGUAUUGUAU